UCAGCUUCAUAUAGUUGUAUGUGCUGUCUCAUUGCAGACCUUGCUUGGGUAAUUUGAUGGUCAGCCUGCAUAACAGUCUGUCUUUCUGUGUCCAGACUAUACUUCCCCAAAGGACCCUUUAUCAAGCAUUCUGGAACUUAUUUACAGACCAUAAACCGCAACAAAACCACAUCAGACACUUCAAAGUGUCCACAGCCUGUCACUCAGUCUGCCUUGUCCUAUAAAUGUGAGGGGUUUAGGUCCAUCUCUCCAUCCUGCAACCUCCUGAGAGACUCCACUUGGCUAUUUCUCUGACAACAAGGUCCAUACUUGAACCAUGAAGAUCUUUGCCAUCCUUUUCGCUGUCCUCUUCUUGGUGGUGAUGGCUUCUGCAGCUGCGCCAAAGACUGCUGCUGAAUGCGAGAAAGCUGGAGGCCAAUGCAAGUUUCUGACUUGCGGAAAAGGCAAGAAAGAAAUCGGGAAGUGUGACAAAAAUGGGGGCGCUUGCUGCGUAAAAGAAUAAUGUCAUGGUGUUGACUAUUCACAGUGGACGCCUGGGCUGCUUCCAUGCCAUGAGCAUUCGUGAUCCCAAACCCUUUGCUUCGCCUGCAUGCCAUCGUCCUGACUUGCUCACUUUCAAAUCUUUAACCUAGCUGAUUGAUCUCUCUCGCAUGACUUAUGUCUGUACUCAUUAAAAUCCUUCUAUGCAUUUGAAUCAUAUAUUUUAAGUGUAUCUUUGUGUUUUGGGGAAGUUGUUGGCAGAAAUUCGAGAAGUGAGCUGUCAAAUCCUUUGCAAACAUCUGG